CUUCACAGGGAAAGCAGGAUGCGGAGGUUAGCACACCGGAGGCAACAGGAGCGACAAAACACAAGAGCAACAGCUCAGGGAAACGUGUUUGUGGUGGUUGUACAAUGAAGAAGAGACUGUGAGGGGCUGUUAGACGCUGUGAUAAUGAUCCGGACACUCAGUGGUGGCUCUUUUAAGGCUGUUGGGGCAGUUAAACCCAAACUGCUAAAGGACAUUACAACCAGGCAGCUGCACAGCACAUAUGAUGUGGCCGUGGUUGGAGGCGGCAUCGUGGGUCUGGCCACAGCCAGGGAGCUCCUUCUGCGACACCCGUCGCUCAGCUUCAUUCUGCUGGAGAAAGAAAAAGAGCUCGCUGUACACCAGAGUGGGCACAACAGUGGAGUUAUUCACAGUGGGAUCUACUACACUCCGGGGUCGCUGAAGGCCCGUCUGUGUGUGCGAGGAGCCACUUUAGCCUACGAGUACUGCGAGAAGAAAGGACUCCCUUACAAGAAAUGUGGAAAGCUUAUCGUGGCUGUGGAGCAGGAGGAGAUACCCAGACUGAAAGCUCUAUACGAGCGCGGCAUGAAGAACAACGUGCGAGAUCUCAGUAUUGUCGACGCCAAGGGAAUCCGAGACCGAGAGCCGUACUGCAGGGGUAUAAUGGCCUUGGAUUCGCCCUACACUGGCAUUGUGGACUGGAGGAUGGUGUCUCUUCAGUACGGCAAAGACUUUGAGGAGGCAGGCGGCACAGUGGUAACUGAAUCUGAGGUCAAUGACAUUUCCAUGGUGAAGGAGAGCCCAGCUGGGAGCAGUGAGGGAAUGAAAUAUCCAAUCGCAGUCAGAGACAAAAAGGGUAACGAGGUGCGGUGCCGUUAUGUUCUGACCUGUGGAGGCCUGUACUCAGACCGCCUGUCACAGAUGUCUGGCUGCAGUCGGGAGCCACGGAUUGUGCCCUUCAGAGGAGAUUAUUUGGUCCUGAAACCAGAGAAACACUAUCUGGUCAAGGGAAAUAUCUACCCUGUCCCCGACCCUCGUUUCCCCUUCCUCGGAGUUCACUUCACCCCGCGGAUGGAUGGAAGUGUUUGGCUCGGCCCCAACGCAGUCCUCGCCUUCAAAAGGGAGGGUUAUAAAGUGUACGACUUCAACGCACGAGACUUCGCAGAUGCACUCUCAUUCAGGGGCCUUCAGAAGCUGGUAUUGAGGAACAUUACGUACGGGAUUGGAGAAAUGUACAGAGGGGUUGUCACUGGUGCGCAGGUUAAAAUCCUGCGGAAGUACAUCCCUGAACUCUCGCCCAAUGACGUGCUCAGGGGUCCUGCCGGAGUUCGAGCUCAGGCUCUCGACCGAGACGGAAACCUCGUGGAUGACUUCGUGUUUGACGGCGGGGUCGGGGAUGUGGGCAGCAGGGUGCUCCAUGUGCGAAACGCUCCCUCGCCGGCAGCGACCUCUUCCCUUGCCAUUGCUGAAAUGAUCGCAGACGAGGUGGAGACUCGCUUCACGCUGUAGAGGGAAAAAAAGAGACGCGAAGUGAAAUUAUAUUAUUGUAUCCAGCUGUCACUACCUCAGCAUCACUGUCAUCGUGGAUACUUUUUUUAUUACAAGCCUUAUUUUAGGUGGAGAAAGUCAGAUAUCUUUGACUUUUAAAGACUGUUUUUUAACUUGAGUGGUGCUAUUUCAGGUUGCUCAAUAUGUUGACUACAUUUUAAGUAAACAUUAAUUUUCCUGUCAACAUUGAAAGAGUAUCAUGAGUUGGUCAAACUGUUAAGCAUAGGACAAAAGGUACAGCUUCAAUAAUAUUAUCAAUUUGAAACAUUAAAUUACUGCCACAAGUGUUAAAAUACACUAAGAUACUGUUUGUUUUUUUAUGUGAACUUUUGGGAGAUUGAUCAUUUUAAAUGAGGGAUUUUAAAGAGUGCAAUUCUGGUAUGAAAUUGUGUGUUUUUUUUCUUUACUACAUGAGAGCAGUUUGUCUGUUGUCUGAAUAUUGUAAAGCCUGCUGGUCUCAGUCCAAAAUGUUCAUCCCAAAAGUUAAUUUGACAAUAAAAAAGAGUUUUUUGUCCUCAAAAAACAAAAUAUUUCAUGAUUAAAUGUAAGAAGAUGAUCCUUAGUUUUUAAAGUUGGGUUAUAGCUGCAGAACGCACAAUUCAUGAAGAGAAACGGUUGUUCUUACUUCAUUUGACAGCUUAAAUAAUCAAUUUUAAUCAUAUCAAGACUAAAUAUAGUCUUAUGUCAUAUUUACACUGUUAUAAACUGAGAACACUCUUUAUAAGUUGUUAAUGUGUGUGUAGACGGUGAUUCCAUAUAAUUCUGCUAGAAUGUUUUCACUGUGUUACAGCUUCAGGGGCUUCACGUACUGCACGAAUAAAAUCACAUUUAUAGACAAAUGAAUGUUAAAGUAUUUGUACCAUAAAUGCAUAUUUUUGAAAAGCAAA